AUGAGAGAUAUUAUCAUAAGAUCUCACCAUCAUUUGAAAGCAGCUCAAAGAUAUAGUCCUCUCCAGGUCGAUGGUUUCAAGUCCUCUGCUCUUCUCACUCAGAUUGAUGAGCAUCUUAAGACCCUCUCUGAUGCUGAGCGCCAGGAGCAGGUCAAGAAGGUCAAGGGCAUCUUCCAGUUCAACGUCAAGAACAACGCUGGCCAAGUCGCCACCUGGACUUUCGAUUUGAAGACUGGCAACGGCUCGAUGCACAAGGGAACUGUCGAGGGCAAGAAACCCGACAUUGUCAUCGAUGUUAAGGACGAAGACUUUGUUGCCCUUGCUGAGGGUAAGGCCAACGGUCAGAAGCUCUUCAUGUCUGGCAAGAUCAAGGUCAAGGGUGCCAUCAUGAUGGCUACCAAGCUCGACUCUGUCCUCAACUCCGCUAAGGAGAAGACUGGCUUCAAGGCUAACCUGUAA